AUGGAGCCCGGCACAUCGAGCAAAGAUGCCGAUGAAGUUACGCGCCAUUUCAAGCUCCCUAGAUGGCAGACGCCGACACGGCGAGAUCUGGCUCAUCUGUCGAGCAAUUUUCAAGUCAAAACGUGUGCGAGACUUCAAUAUCGCGAUACACCGUAUGAGAUAGAGACAGCUGUAACACAGCAUUGGGCUAGACUGCCGCUCAGCGCAGAGCCGGACCGCCUGAGCUGGUCCGUCUCCGUGUAUGGCAUUCAUUGGGAGGAGGCUCUGAGCGACCGCAAGGGAGGAGAAUCGUCGAGGGGGUUCGAGGAAGGCCUCCUCCUUCGACUAUGGCCUGGAGAGGACUCGCUUGAAAAGCGUUUGGGAAGAUUCCUGGAAUGUAUAUUUUCAGUGCAAACCGCCAUCGCAGAGUUGCAAGUUUGA